AUGGCGGGCUCUCCAAUCAAGCGCGUAGCGGUCAUUGGCACUGGGCCGGCGGGAGCCAUUGCGGUGGAUGCCCUGGCCCAGGAGAAACACUUUGACAUCAUUCGCGUGUUUGAGCGUCGCGAAGGGCCCGGUGGAUGCUGGAUUGGCGACGUCACGAAACCGCCCGCCAUCUCAGACCUGAAGGCGCUUGCCGAGCGGUCUGCGGAUCCUGCAUUGCCCAUUCCUGCGACCCUCCCGGCGCAAACCCCAAAGCAGGACCAGCCUCGGUUCACGGAAUCGUCCGUUUACCCCUACCUGGAGACCAACGUCGAUGCGCUGCCAAUGGAGUUCAGCCAGGAACCCAUUCCUGUCGUGCGGAGCGAACAAUCCGUGCAGAACCAUGGACCAGAUACCCCGUUCCGCAGAUGGGACGUGAUUAAAGGAUACAUCACCAGCCUGGUGGAACGCAACGGCUACAGCGAUCUGAUUUCGUACAACACGACGGUGGAGUUAGUGACCAAGGUUGGGUCGGAAUGGGAAGUCACCCUGCGACGAGAUGGCUCAAAGAGCGAUUACUGGUGGGUGGAGAAAUUCGACGCCGUGGUCGUCGCCAGCGGCCAUUACUGGGUGCCAUAUGUGCCGCCCAUUGAGGGCCUCGAAGAGUUCGAAAACCAGCGGCCCGGCAGUGUCAUUCACAGCAAGCAUUUCCGCGGUAGGGAGAAAUACAAUGGAAAGGCAGGUCAACGAGUCGUCGUCGUCGGGGCCUCGGUGUCAGCAGCCGACAUCGCGUUUGAUUUGGCCGAGUCGACCACCGCAGAAGUUCACGCGGUCGUCAUCGGUCAUACUCCCAACGGCUAUUUUGGCGAUGAGGCGUUCAAUCACCCGAGAAUCCACAAGCACCCGUCGCUCCGCCGUGUCUCAGGCCGCACAGUGUUCUUGGAAGACCAGGGCGAGAUUCAAGGCGUCGACACGAUCAUCUUUGGCACGGGCUAUAGCUGGACGCUCCCCUUUUUGCCGUCGGUGCCCGUCCGCAAUAAUCGGGUGCCCGGGCUGUAUCAGCAUGUGGUUUGGAUGCAAGACCCAACGCUUCUGUUUGUCGGCGCCGUCGGCGCUGGCCUGACUUUUAAAAUUUUCGAGUGGCAGGCAGUCCUCGCGGCGCGAUUGCUUGCGGGACGGGCCACCCUUCCGUCCCUAGAGGCGAUGCAACGCUGGGAAAAGGACCGUGUAGCAGCACGUGGGGACGGCUUGAAAUUCAGCUUGAUCUUUCCGGAUUUCGAAGACUACUUCGAGACCGUCCGGCACCUCGCGGGAGAGGGUGAAGGCGGGAAAGGCCGCCAGCUACCAAUAUUCUGUCCGGAGUGGGUAAAGGCGUUUAUGGACGGACAUAAGCGUAGGAAGGCCAUGUGGAAGAGGAAGAAUACCCAGGCCCGAGCUGCGUUGACAAAACAGUCCAUACCAGAAGCGCGAUCUCGCCUAUAG